AUGGCAGAACCCAGAGUGCCUUCCAUCGACGGCAAGUUGGCCGAAGAGUUCGCCGCACCCUCGCACAUAGACGAGGUCCGCGAUAAGAUGGCCGCCUUUGCCCGGCUCCACGCAGAGGCAGGUCGCCGUGUAGUCCUCAUCACAUCUGGUGGCACCAAAGUCCCACUGGAGUCGCGCACCGUUCGCUUCCUGGACAAUUUCAGCAGCGGCAGGAGGGGGGCGCAGUCCGCCGAAUGUUUCCUAGAUGCCGGCUACGCUGUCGUCUUCCUGCACAGGCAUCGCUCGCUCUACCCGUACGCUCGCAUGUUCUCCUCAGUCAACAUGUUGGACGCCCUGCAGUUCUCGGGCGGGGAUCAGGAACCGGAUCGCGUAGUAGUUAACCCGCAAGUGCUCCCCGAUGUGGCUAAAGUGCUGAAGAAAUACCAAGAAGUUACAGCGUCUAAACUUUUGCUUCCUGUUGAGUUCAGCACAUUGUCGGAGUACCUGCACCUCCUUAAAGCAUCGGCGCAGGCCCUCAACGCCAUCGGGUUCAAGGCCAUGUUUUACUUGGCAGCAGCUGUUUCUGAUUUCUAUAUUCCUGCGAGUGACAUGCCGGAGCAUAAAAUCCAGUCUUCCAAUGGACCACUUCAACUCAGUUUGAAGAUGGUUCCCAAAAUCUUGUCUCCACUGGUGAAGGACUGGGCGCCGCAGGCCUUCGUCAUAUCCUUCAAACUGGAGACCGACACCGCCAUCCUUCUGGACAAAGCUCGGAAAGCUUUGGACACGUACAGGCACCAGGCAGUGGUGGCCAACGUGCUGGAUUCGAGGCGGGGCCACGUAGUGGUGGUGACACCUACCAGCCAGCAUGAGGUGGUCCUUUCCCAGGAGGACAUCAAAAACCGGGUGGAGAUUGAAGAGAGGAUUGUGACUAAUUUGACAGCGGCACAUGAGAGCUUCAUUAAACAACAAGCAGGCUGA